AUGGCAGACUUUGCCAACCUAGACCAGCAGAUGGAUGGCUUUCGAGCGUCUGACGCGGCCAGGGAAGAGUUUAUUCGCGAUACUGUUGCCAAGUACAAACAGCUUAUGCAUGAGCAUCAAGAUCUAAAAAAUGAUUUUCAAGCCGAGCAAGAUAAUCGACGAAGGUUCCAAACACAGAAUAGAGAGUACCAGCACCAGACUCCAAUGCCUUUGUCAUGGCACUAA